AUGCUAAUUAUCUUCAGUAAUUAACCAUUCAAUGAGCGCCUCUAAAGUACAACUAUCAGAUAUUUUGAUAAAAAGAUUUUAAAACCUGAAUUUUUGUACUUACUCUUGCACAAAGUUUAUCGCUAAAUAACUUCAGCGGUUGUUCUCGUUCACAAGCAAAUUCGAUCCUCAAAUGUCAUUCCAACCAACGAGGCAUGAAACAGCUGUCAAAGACGUAGAAAUCUGCCAGAAACGACCAGUAGUACCAGAUGGAGGCUGGGGAUGGGUCGUCUGCUUUGCUGCAGCUUGUACCUGUUUCGUAGUGAGUGGACUAGCAAGUUCUGCUGGAAUAUUCCUGAUAGGACUCAGAAGAAGCUUCGAUGACCACGUUUCCAAGUUAUCUACAGUGGGAGCGCUGAUAGAAGGACUUAGCAUGAUGGCAGCUCCAGUUGCCAGUAUCCUCUUGAAUUACUUUAGCCAUCGGACAGUGUUGAUAAUAGCAGGUCUUAUUGGAUGUACAGGUGCCGUAUUAGGAACAUUUUCUGUCAGUAUCAAUAUGAUGAUAGUAACAUAUGGCCUCAUAUCAGGUGUAUCCCUUGGAAUGUCCUUUUUCACCUGCCAGAUUAUUGCAGGUCUCUAUUUUGAUAAGAAACGGGCAUUGGCAAUCGGAAUUACCAAUUGUGGAGGAGGAAUGGGCACCAUGUUGUUUAGCUUGAUUGUCCAGUUACUCUUGGAUUUCUAUGGACUUAGAAGCACGUUGCUCAUUAUAGCGGGAAUUCUUCUGAAUAUCACUGUUUUGGGAGCCCUUUGCCGACCUCUCCCCUACACCAGCGCAGGGGCUGGAAACACAGAAUAUAAAGAUGGAACCGACCACCCCACGGCAAUGGAACUUCCGUCUUUAGCACCGGAAUAUAUCAACGGAGAAAACAUCAAACAGAGAGAAAUGAUAAACGAAGCAUUUGAUUUAUCGGACGAGAAACAGAAUACGGGGAGUCCUCUACCGGCAGAAAAAAGUGACAUCAAAGAUGAGACGAUUGUAGAGAAGCAGAAAAUCGACGGAGGUUCAAUCCUGAAGCGAUGUUCAGCUGUAAUUGGGGUGGAAAUUUUUAAAGAUAUUAACUUUGUGUUGCUGACGAUCUCCUACACAUUUUGGGUGUCUACUGCCGCAAUGUAUGCCUUCAUACCACCUAUGUGUGUCUGGUCGUUUGGAAUGAGUAAACAAAAUGCUGCACUUUUGAUGUUGUUUCUGGGGAUGUUUGCGACAAUCGGUGAACUGUUACUCGGAGUAUUUGUCGAUUUCCUUCACUUUAGUAGCAACAAAAUAUAUGUUUUUUCCUUGUCGAUACAUGUAAUCACUGCAAUAUUGAUACCACACUGCAAUAGAUUCGAAUACAUGGCUCCUGUGGUUUCCGUCUUUGGAUUCGCGAGUGGAUUAGCGGUGUCUCUCAGAUUGGUCCUCACUACAGAAGUUGUUGGCUUAGAACAUUCCACAAAAGCAUUCAGUGUUCUUAGUUUCUUCUGUGGAAUUUUAUUUUCCGCUUCUCCCCCAAUCUAUGGGCUGGUUUUCGAUGCGACAAAAUCAUUCGUGGCUAUUUUCUACGGAGGAGGAACUUGCGCGUUAAUUGCGAUAAUUUUCUUUUUGUUAAUUAUGUAUCGAAAUAAAAUACACGAAAAACGUCUGCAGAAAUAAACUUUGUUUUCUAAACUUU